ACGAGUGUUUGUUGAUAAAACGUGCAAUUUUUAAUGUUUGAAAUCACCGCGGUUAUCGAUCAGAUCAAUUAGUGUAAUUAGAUAUAGAAAGUGCACCGGGUGAAUAGAAGUGAUAAAAUGGUCAAGAUAAUAUUUUUGCACCCGGACUUGGGUAUCGGAGGAGCUGAGCGGUUGGUCGUGGAUGCUGCACUGGCUUUUAGGAAUAAAGGACACCAAGUCUCUUUUUACACGAACCAUUAUGAUCCUACGCAUUGCUUCUCAGAAACGAGAGAUGGGAGCUUUCCUGUGACCGUGGUCGGGGACUGGAUUCCACGUUCUAUUUUUGGUCGUUUUAAGGCCGCAUGUGCGUACGUGCGAAUGAUAUACGCGGCAGUGUAUUUAGCUUGGUAUGUAAUACCAGUUGAAGAACCCACCCUAAUUUUCUGUGAUUUGAUAUCUAUAUGCAUUCCAUUUUUGAAAAUGGCGAGAGGGCCUUUCAGAGUAGUAUUUUAUUGUCAUCAUCCAGAUAAACUGCUGUCCGAAGAAGGAGGGUUAUUAAAGAAACUUUACAGGGCUCCAUUGAAUUGGCUUGAAGAGUUGACAACUUCCAAGGCUGAUCAGGUUUUAGUGAAUAGCAAAUACACUGCUAGAGUGUACAAAGAUGCAUUCAAGAAUAUAAAAGAAUUGCCAGAUAUUUGCUAUCCAUCAAUCAACACAGAGUUCUUUAGAACAACAUCUCCCAUGCCUUUGAAAGAGGCUGUUCCUCUUGGCACUGACAAAUACAUUUUCCUCUCCAUAAAUAGAUAUGAGAGAAAAAAGAACCUUCAAUUAGCUUUAAGGGCAUUUGAGAAUUUAAAACAUAUAGUUCCUGAACCAGAUUGGAGCAGGGCACACUUAAUAAUGGCUGGAGGCUUUGACCCAAUUAAUCUAGAAAAUAUGGAACACUACAUGGAAUUGACAGAUUUGGCAGCAGAGCUUGAUAUUGAAGAUAAAGUGACAUUUUUAAAAUCGCCUAAAGACAAUGAAAAGGUGUCUCUACUUUAUCAUUGUAGGGCUCUUGUAUACACUCCAUCAAAUGAGCACUUUGGUAUUGUGCCAUUAGAAGCAAUGUACUACUGCAAGCCUGUCAUCGCUGUCAACAGUGGUGGCCCAACUGAGACUGUAGUGAAUGAUGUCACUGGCUUCCUGUGUGAGCCCACCAGCGAGUCUGUUGCACAAGCCAUGAGCACAUUGAUGCUGACUCCCGACCUUGGAGAGAGGCUGGGAGAAGCGGGCAGAAAGAGAUUUGAAACAAAGUUUUCCUUUGAUGCAUUUACUGAACAAUUGGAUGGUAUCCUCACCAGAGAAAGGCAGAUUAUUUCCGAGGCUAGGGCUAUUGAUUAUGAACAGAAGAAACGCAAAUAACAGUCUGCCGACACUCAUACAGUGUGUGAUCUUGUAUGAGUGUUCUAUAACCAAAGAACUUUAUGUAUCAAGAAAAACUAGUAUAGUUUUGCUUUUCAUUUUGUGUUAAAUAUUUUGUUUAACCUCUCGUCUGUGCGUGAUUAGGAUCCUGACCACAUUUUAAGGCCAUCUUCUUGUACUAUUUUCGCAAAUGAGUUUUUUUGCUCUAUAUGGCACAACCAAGGCUUGAACCCACAACUUUUUGACCCAGCCACAUAUGACAGGUUUAUUUUUUGUGUGUAUUCAAUGAUCUUGAAACUUUAUCGAGUGUUAAUGAUACUGUUUUGCUUUUUAUGUAUGUGCUGAUUUUAUAAUAUAGUUGUUAGCUGUAGCUUCCUUAAAUUAACCAAAAUGUUCUAAUAAUAAAUAUAAAAUUAAAUCUUGUACAAUGAUAGUUAAAUUAAAUAGGAAAUGAGGCAAAUGAUUAAUGUUGUAUAAUUAUCUAGAUCCCGUACUAUAUGUAGAUAGUUACGUAAAACAUAAACAGCAUUUAGCACAAAAGUGGCAUAUUUUAAUUAACAGUAAUAAGUAAGUGAAAGGGCAAUAAGCAAUUUCCCAUAUUUUUAAAUGUCUUAUAUAUAAAUCAAUGUGUUGUUGUAAAUAUUGUAAUAAAUGUUUAAGCAGUU